AUGGCCGAUGACGACUGGGAUCUGGACACGGACGAAAUACGGUCGCUCGAUUCGGAGGAGCUGCACGAGCGGCGGCCCAACCGCUGGACCGGCGCCCCGUCGACCUGGGCAUCGUGGACACGCCAGGACCGCAAGACGCACGCGGCCCUCGAGACCGCCACCGCCCAGGACCUCGCCGUCCACCUGUACAAUGCUGCUGCGCUGAAGCGGGGCCGUCGGGGGCAGCAGGACGAAGACGAGGACAGACGGCGCGGCAAGUGGGUGGGCGAGCGCUGGACGGCGUGGCCGCUGCCCGCGGACGAGGUGCCCAGCGACGAGCUGCUACCGCGGACGCUGGACAAGCACCAGCGCGCGACGUUCCGCUGCCCGUCGCCGGGGUUUCCGGGUAGCCACCUCGAGGAGGAGGUGUCGGCCACCAUGCUGCGCUUCGCCAAGGAGAGGUUCCUGCGGCGGGGGUUGCGCAGCCAGGAGGCGCCGGCGGUGGGGUCUGUUGAGACGAGCGAUGAGGGGGAGGCGAAGGACGAGGAUGAGGGGGAGGCAAAGGACGAGGAUGAGGGGGAGGCGAAGGACGAGGAUGAGGACGAGGACGAGGAGGCAGAGGAUGAGGAGGGCGAGGAUGAGGACCAAGAGGAGGUUGAAAGCAGACCGCCCUCAAGGGCUCCAGCCUACACGGUCGUGCCGUCGGCCGACGACGCGCAGUCCUACGCGCUGCUGCGACCAGCAUCCCGACGCAUACUCGCCAAGCUCGACGAGACGCUGACAAUCCUCCACAACGCGCGCGCGUCCAGGCCGCGCUCGGGCGACGAAGACGGCACCGAGACCGACGCAAGCCCAAUCAAGCGGGGGAAGCGCAGCACACGCCACGCAACCCCCAAGCGCAAGACCGGCCCAGCCCCGAUACAGCAGCCGCCGAAAGGGAGGGUGGGACGGCCCAGGAAGGCCGUCAUCCCGCUCGAGGGCGAGACGGAGCAGGACAUGCUGGUCAGGGUCGCCCGGGAGCGGAAGCAACGGCUGCCCGACUUUUACCAUGAAAAGAAGGAGGCGGAGCGCGAGGCUGCGCUGCGGGCCAGCACCGAGCAGUCUCGCUCGGCGUCGCCGGACUCCCGGGCCAGCUCGCGGUCGGGCGUGGCGAGCAGGGGGUCGGCGUCUCGGGCGUCGAGCGUCUUGUCAGACCAGAGCAUUGUGGAGGGCCGCGUGCGGAAGUGCCUGCCGCGCGACUGGCACCACGUCAUGGGCGCGGCAGCAAUGGCAGGCUUCUCGCCCGCUGUAAUCACGCGCGCGACGCAGCGGUGCGCGACACUGUUCGGACAGGGCAUGACGAUGCACACGCUGUUGGAGCAGCCCGCAGGCGCUCACGGCAUGCUGUCGGCGACGUAUUCGCCCGGGCCCAUUGACAUUCCGCCGUCCGAUGACAGCGAAGAGGAGCUGGAGCAGAGCCGCAUCGAUCAGCCCCGCGCCGUAAGCCGCCAGAGCAUGCGGCCGUCCUUGCCAGAAGCAGAAGCAGCAGCCAGGCCGUCCACGCCCGGCCCCGCAGGGAGUCUCUUAUGUCCCUGGGCCGGCUGUCCGGGCGCCGUCCAGGGCUACUCGCGGCUGAGCAACUUGAAUAGGCACGUCCGGGAGAUUCACGGCGGGAAAGCCCCGGCAGACGUCGAGGUCAGCGAAGCCGCAGCAGACGUCGAGGUCAGCGACCAGUCGGCCAGGACUCACGAGAGUGCAAAUAUGUACCUUUGUCCGUGGCCCGACUGUCCGCGCGGCGUCAAGGGCUUCUCGCGGAAGGACAACCUGAGCAGGCACCUGCAGGAGAAGCACGGGGGGGGCCCCGUGGCCGACGCCGAUGUCGAUAGCGAGGACGAGGUGGACGGUGCUGUGCACGUCGACGGCUUUCUGCACCAGAUCAAGACCAGGUCGGGGUGGCGGGGGAAGACGUUCCGGGCGUCGCCGCGGCGGCGGAGCGAGGACGGGCUGUCUAUGAAGGACGAGUCGGGAUGA